AUGUCCCUGCUCCUCCAACCCCUCGUUGCUGCAGGUCAAAAUGGUGUUGAGAUGGUCUGUGCUGACUCGUUGAUCUGUCGAGUCUACCCCAUCCUUGCUGCUUAUGUAGCCAAUUUUCCAGAGCAAUGUCUUUGUCCAAAGUGUUUGGUCACUGCAGAUGAACGAGGCAAUCCACUGACUUCGCUGAUGUGGGACCCUGAGGUGACAAAAGAGAUAUUAGAGAAGCGGAAGAAUGGCCAGCAUCCAAUUCAAUUUAAUGACAAUGGGCUAUGUGCUGUUUACAAUCCAUUCUGGGCUAAUCUCCCUCAUGCCGAUAUCUUCCUUGCCUUCACGCCUGACCUCCUCCGCCAAAUCCAUAAAGGCGUCUUCAAAGACCACCUAGUCAAAUGGUGUCUUGAAAUUGUCGGUGAAGAUGAAAUGGACACACGCUUCAAAGCAAUGCCAGAUUACCCUGGUCUUCAGCACUUCAAGAAAUGUAUUUCUACCAUGAGACAGUGGACAGGUACAGAGCACAAAGAGAUGCAAUGUGUUUUCAUUGGUCUGCUCACUGGUGCUGUCCCAAGUCAAGUCUUAGUGCUUCAAAUGCAUACUGCUAAAUCCCUCAAUGGUCUGGAGAGUGCUCUUGCAGUGUUUCACACCAACAAGGACAUCCUGCAAGAGCUUGAAGUUUGCAAACACUUCAAUAUUCCUAAAUUACAUCAAAUCUCACACUUCAUUAAGUCAAUCACUCUAUUUGGUUCCACCGACAGUUUCAACACUGAGCUUCCAGAACAACUACAUAUUGAUUUCACUAAAGACACCUAUCGUGCCAGCAACAAGUGUGACUACAAGGAGCAAAUGGCCUUAUGGCUUCAAUGCCAGGAAGCAGUGUUCCUGUGCAGUUCUUACCUUGAUUGGUUGUCAGAACGAUCUCAAGAUGACUUGGGUUCAGACUCAGACGCUGAGAUUGAAGAGUUGCAAUCUGAGUCAUGCAGCACUGCCCCUACAAACACAAGUCCAACACUUCCUAUUGUCUAUGUUCUCGCCAAGACUCCUGCACACCCUCAGCAGUCUGUUCAGCAUCUCAUCACCACACAUGGUGCAACCAUGUUUCUCCCAGCCCUCAAAUCUUUCCUGCACAAGCACAUGCCACGCAAUAACACUGUCCCCGGUCCACAUGACCAGUUUUGA